AUGCUCCUACCGAUGGAGCUGCGCACGUGCCGCGAGCCUGACGCACAAAACCAGUAUGAACCUUUCCGUCAAACGUUAUUCACACAUCGACGUGAUGACCUCGCUUCGGCGCGAGGACCAGGGGCGCUUUUUCGUGAGGAAUGGAACACUAUGGCAGGCAACGCUAAGCGGCACAGGUCUCGAUUGCUGUACCGAAUGGAGCGAGACGUGAAUCCGACACCUACAGCUACUGUGCAGAGAUUCUACGACCCGCAAGAGUCCACGAACGUAGGUUCCCAACUCAAAAAGAAGGGAAACGCUGUCGUUUCCUUGAAGUCUAAUGUGCCAAGGUUCUUAUCUACACACGAUAAUGGAGCAUCUAGUCGCGGACCGGGUUCGUAUUUCCCCGAUCGAUAUAAUGGAGCGUUUCCAGCACUCUUCGAUAAGAUGACGCCACACUCGGUGCGUCUCGAAAAACGCCAAGCCAAGAGAGCAUUAGCUACUACGUUUGGCAUCAUACCAGCUCCAGCUGCAACGAUUUCUACCUCACCAGAUCGUCUGAUCAGACUGCGGGCAUCGAAAGGGACUGAGGACCCGACAGGUCAACGUGCCUUUGCUGACUAUGAUAUCUCUCUCGAGACAACAAGUCUUGCUCCUGCGCUCACGCCUCGUAAUACUUAUCAAAACCCGGCAAACCGACGAUUUAUCCUAGCAACAAGUCCGUCCGACGUAUCAGCAGGCUCGACCACCAGCUAG